AGACUUGGAUCGAGCAACUGGCCGAACGCAACGACCAUAUGACCUAAGACCCCGAACGACUUGCCUCCAAUCUAUCUUGAUCUCUUAUAUACAUAACAGCAUUCCAACUUCCAACAUAUAACUGCAUCUGUGGCGCAGUGAUGUGACACAGCGUACUCUCCAUCCUUCAAGGCUGUUGGCUAGAAAGCUGCGGCAAGUGUUGGUUCAACUUGGCGGCUAUUUCACCAUCACCGUCACCCACCACCAUCUUCUUUCUUUCCCCCCUCCAGUGUCAUCAAAAACAACCCUUCAGGUUUUCUCUUAACUACUCCCAUAACUACAUCUUUUUCCAUCGUCCCGUCGAUCGAAUACAAAUGUCUGCUAUCAAGACCACCGCAGAUAUACUCGCCAUGGGUCACAAAACAGCCCAGACAGCCUUCAGUGAAGUGACAGAAAUGGCCGCAACAUACGGGAAGCCUGUUUUAAACAGCUCAGCAGGCUUUGCAGCUCAGGCCGCCGGAUGGGCUGCUAACAACCCAGGCCUAGCAGGUCUAGCAGCGACAGGUGCAGUCAUUGCAUUCCCCACGUUGGUAGUUACACCAGCUCUCUCAGCUGCCGGAUUUGGUGCUGCAGGUGUUAAGGCUUGCUCCCUUGCCGCCGGUGCGCAGAGUGCUAUUGGAAAUGUCGCUGCCGGUAGUGUGUUUGCUACGAUGCAGAGUGCUGGGGCUGGCGGCGGAGGGCUUGCUGCUGUAAAUGGGGCUACGCAAUUCGGGGCUGCUGCAGCUUGGAUGGCGGGGAAUGCUAAUGCUACGGUUUCCUGGUUUAAAUCGCAGUGGGAGCUUGGAUUUACUGGUUUAUGA